UCCCUAAAGUCUAAUCUCAGAAGCCUAAAAAUGUGUAGAUCGACGGAUUUUCACAAUUCGUAUUCUAUCCAGGAAAAUCUCUUGGAGAUCAAAGCCUUCUUCGUUCGGUUCUCCGGGCUGGAUACUUGUCACGGGACGUUACCAGAAUCGCUGACGCUCCUUUACCUUCCACGUAUCAACGAAACGGCGCUUGAAGUUUCCGGAUCGAAGAUCAGACCAGAUUCGUCUGCGUUCGUGACGCUCCAUCGAGUCGUGAAAGCGAGGACUGGAAAUGGAGAGGCAAUAUACGGGAGUAGAGAGCGGGUUCGGGCCGGGGAUGGAGUCCGGUUUGAGGUGUACUCAAUGGAGGAGAAGGUUUUGAAAGGAAUUUUCAGGAAGGAGGAGGGGGGAAAGUGGAAAUUAGAGUGCAAGUGCGCGCUCGAGACGGGAGACGGUAAUAUGGCCGGUGCUAACGUGGCGGUGGCGGAAGUUUGCGUAGCCGUGGAGGGGCACGUGGCGAUGGGAGAGAGGGUGGAGAUGGUGGUGAGGAGGAGGAGGAAAAACAGGAGGAUGGGAUUUGACGAGCUGGAGGAGAUCCCAGAGGAGAGGGAGGCGGACACGGAAUUCGACGGUUUGUGUUGCAGCCGAUGUGGAGAGUCAGAGGGUGGCGGAGAUAUGAUUGAAGGAGGGCGUGACUGUGAUGGAAAUUGUGCGGACACGGAGAUGGAUUUGGAGGGAGUGAGUUGGGCCGUUGAUUUGGGCCUAUGGGUAAUGUGUUUGGGGGUGGGCUACUUGGUUUCAAAAGUUUCUGCAAGGAGUUUGAGACGUUUGAGAUUACUUUGAUGAAAACACGUUGGAGAUAAUUCAUUUUUCUUUUCUCUUGUGGCUAAAUCUUUGUUUAUAUUGGCCAAUUUUGGAAAUUUAUUUAUCAAAUAUUAAUUGACAAAAACUUUCUA